CACUACCCACCAUCUUUCUGGACGCGAUCGGGACACCACGCGUUGGCGGUUGGUCUCAGUCAGCGGCAGUUCGAAUUGAUUCGGGUUCAAGGUUUAUUUCUUGAUAUCCGUGCACACUUCACUCCAUCACCAUAUCCAUCCAUCCAUCCAUCCAUCCAGCACCAUGGAGGAAGAAUGGGAGCCACCAGUGCCGGCCGGGUAUAACGACGCCAACCGUGCCUUCAUCCAAGCCUUCAUGGCACGAGGCACCCUGACCUUUCCCGAAGGACAGAAGCUCGUUGCCGCGAUUCUCUCAGCUACCGAGGGCGAGACCGUGGACCCGCAGUCCAUCACCCAGGACACAUUCGCCGGCUUUGUUCGCACCGCCCGCGAGGCUGUGGAGCCUCUUGACUACGACAUCCGCAGCUCUCGGGACCAGCUUCGAAAUGGAGAGCGCAUCUGGGCCUUCAUCAACGCCCACAGCGACCCUGCCACCCAGAUGGCCACCACCCGCUCUCCCGAGGAGGUAGCCUACAUUAAGCGUUUGAUGGACCUCCUGUUCGACGAGUACAACACCGUACGAAUGGAGGUGAUGGCCGUCGACGAGGGACAAGCCCUCAAAGCCUCUCGUCCCAGCAAGCGGCGAGAGAGUCAGCAUGUGAACGGCGAAGACGAGGAAGGCCAGCCAUCCACCACCGCAUCCGACCGUGGUCUCAAGCAUUCCGAGGUUCUGUCCCUCCUCUCCAGCCUCGUGGCCGAAGGCUGGCUGGAGAAGAGCCGUGCCGGGUUUUACAGCCUCAGCCCGCGCGCGCUGAUUGAGAUGUGGAGCUGGCUGGUUGCCACUUACAACGACGAUUCGGACUCGGCUAGGGACUGGCAGCGCAUCAAGUUCUGUGAGUCGUGUAAGGAGAUCGUCACGUACGGCCAGCGCUGUUCGGAGAGGGACUGCACCGUUCGGCUGCACGACAUUUGCGAGGACCGCUACUGGCGCACGAGGAGGGGGGAGAAGAAGUGCCCCAAGUGCGAGACCGAGUGGACCGGAAACCACUUUGUCGGCGAGCGGGCUAUUACCUCACGCCAGGCUUACCAGAGGGGCAGAGGCGGCCGGGCUAAUGGCAAUGGCAGUGGCAGACGGAGCGAUUUGGAAGAGGCAGUUGCCGCUCAGCAAGAGGCUGCUGAUGAUGACGAUGAGGACAUGGCGGAGGCUUGAAAAAAUGUCCUAUUGCAUGGUUGACUCAGCAGUGGUCCAGCGGUGUUCCCAUAACACUAGUCUUUUUUUUUUUCACAAAACUCCCGACGUCAAUUCAGCACAGACAAACGUUCGUCAACUGGCGACAAUAGUUGGGUUUGUAUUACGAAAUACCCAGGGUAUCUGAGAUGGAGUAUCACGACACUCCAAGGGCACAGCGCCCCAGCUUCGCGAAACACAUGAAAGUUUUGAACAUGUACAAGCCUUCUUGGAAGACGGAAGACGCUUCGAUUUUUGUUAGACUACAUACAGCGCCAUCACUCACCUUACCCUUUUAGCGCCAAAAGGCCGGCGAUCAUGUUACCCCUGACCGUGCUCGGCCCAGCCAGCCACCCGCCCCUCCGUCUCGCAAUCUCCGCCGAUCAACCCUUGGCCCCGUACACUAACACUACUGUCGG